CCCCCCGUCUGCCGCAUGCCCGAGCCGUCUCCACGGUAAUGCUGAUGCCGCGACGUCUCCAUAGCGACAAGACCCCGGAAAUAAACCCUAACCUGCCGGGGGUGAGUUUGGUUUAUUAGCUCACUGCUCCUUCAUCUGGCGCUUUGUUUACCUCAGAGGAGUUUGUUUGUUUGUUUGUUAAUAAACAUGUCGGAGCCCGAGGAGAAGCUGAGCCAGCAGAGAGACAGCACGAAGAAAAAGAAGAAGAAGACAGACAAACGGAGCGGGAAGAAGAAGAAGAAGAAGCCGAGGGAGAGACGGGAAGAAGAGGAAGAGGAGCAGCAGGUGGAGGAAGAGGAGGAAAAGGAGCACAGUGAAUGUGUCGUGCUGCGUGGGAUCUUCAGACUGGGGAAGAAGAGUCACGACGUCCUGCUCACCCGAACCAGACUGAGCUGGACCCCCAUCACGCCUGAGACCCCCACAGGUGAGCCAUGUGUAACACAGCCAGGUGUGCUGCUGCUGCAGGACGUUUAUGCAGUGAAGGUGAAGCGGCGGCGAGCAGCGGGCCAGGAGUCGGGGGGAGCCGUGCUCGGCGUGGCCCUCUUCUGCUGCAAGAGGACAGGGAGGAAGCUGGAGGUGGACACGCUUCACCUCAACAACGCCUCCGCGGAACACACACAAACCUGGUACAACACCCUGAAGGAGCUGCUCACAGGGUUCAGUCGUCCCAGGUAUCUGAAGGUCUUCAUCAACCCCAGCAGCCACAAGAAGGAGUCUGUGCACAUCUACAGAGAACACGUGGCUCCGCUCUUCAAGAUGGCCGACGUCCGCACCGACAUCACGGUGACCGAGAGAAAGGGUCAUUCUCUCUCAGUGAUGAAGGAAUGCAAGCUGGAUGAAUAUGAUGGGGUGGUGUGUGUUGGCGGUGAUGGCUCGGUGGCGGAGCUGUGUCACUCUCUGGUCCUCAGAGCUCAGCUGGAUGCAGACUCCCCAGAGAAACCAGUGAAACCAGUGCUGCCGCUGGGGAUCAUUCCUGCAGGCUCCACAGAUGUGGUUUCCUGUUCUGUUCAUGGAGUUAGAGAUCCGGUCACAGCAGCGCUCCACAUUGUUCUGGGUCACCAGCAGCAGGUGGACAUGUGCAGCUUCUCGUCUCUCGGUCAGUUGGUGUGUUUUGGUUUCUCCGCCAUGUUUGGCUUCGGCGGGCGGAGCUUAGCGCGGGCGGAGAAGAAGAGGUGGAUGCCGUCAUCGCGGCGACGAGAGUACGCCCUAUUGAAGACGCUGGCAAGACUAAAACCGGAGGACUGUCAGCUGUCUUUCCUCCCAGCGAAGAAAUCAACCGGGAGUCUGUCUGAACAUCGAGACAAGGACCAGGAUCUGGACCAGGAUCCAGAGGAGACCUGGACGACCAAUCAGGGCCUGUAUCUGAACAUCAGCAUCAUGUCCAUCCCCUGUCUGAGUCCACAUGCACCUCAAGGACUCGCUCCUAACACCAGUUUGGCCAAUGGCAGCGCGAUGCUGAUCGCAGUGGGAAACACUUCCAGGUCAGAGUUUGUCAAACACCUGAAGAGAUACAACAGCUCCAGUGGACAGUUCAGCUUCUCCUUCGUGGAGACGCACGACGUGUCAGCGGUGAGAGUCCGUCCCCGCUCACUCGUUGGCUGGUCGGAAGAGGAGAGCGAGGAGGAGGGCGACUCCAAAACAACACCCAUCAUCCAAUCAGAGGGCACCGCCUUCCCCUGGAAUAUUGAUGGAGAGCUGGUGGAAAUCGCUAACGAAGUGCUCAUCAGGGUCCACCCGCGGCUCAUCACGCUGUACGGGGACGAGGUGGAUGAGGCCGAUACAACCGUCACCUGCAGUUGUAUCUGAUUCCAGCAGAGCUUUGUUGGCCCAAGACAGAUCGCCAUAGUAACGGUGACUCAGCAGUGCCCUCUAGGUCGUUGCGUUUUCAACAGCAACGAAAAUGUUUGUCCAAGUUGUAUUAAAAGUAGCAAAAAGGUGCAAAAAAUCUGCAUUAAUUGAUGUUUAAUUUUUUGGCCAAAAGAUUGACUUUUGCAGCUUUAAAUAACAACACAUUAACUUAUGCGCGGCCAUUAACUGUGCUUUAUAAGUGUUUAACUUCUUUAACUGAUUGAAUGGUUAAUUUUCAAAUGAAUGUUUACAUUUUUCUAUUUGUAAUUAGGCUGCCAGCAUCGUUCAAUUGACCUGAAAUUUAUUUGUGUUGUAUUGUUUUUUUUUACAAGUUUGACUUUUUAAUUUAUGUCGCUCAGUGUUUGGUUCUACAUCAGUGACGUGAAGCUCUGGUGUAAUAUUUCUUUUUGAAAAUGUGAAAUGUAAAUUAACUGGAGUUGUCGCAGUCAUCUGUGAAAUAACCAACAAUGAAUCAUAGUUAAUAAUAUCCCAUAUACAUAUAUAUAAGUUAAUAUCAAACAUAUUCAGGAUAAAUAACUUUAAAACUUAUUUUUCAAUAUAUAAAAAGCUGUUUUUAUUGAGAUCAUAUAUUUUUAGAAUAAUGCCUGUGAACACAGAAAAGGACAAGUUGUUGCUUAAAUAGAAAAACUUUUUUUAUUUUUAAUAGAUGUGUUGAUAAAAACAGUGAGACUCUCCAGUGCAGAACAACUUGACAUAAACAAAAACACAAUAUUAAAACAUUAAAGACA